CGGGAGCAUGCCCUCGUGCCCCCUUCGGCCCUUUUUUUUCUGACGAAUGUCGCGAUGGGUCAUAAAAGCGCGUCCCUUGCCGUCGUGGCGGGUGAGACAUGGUCGGAUAAUAAAAGCGCGUGCGAGCCUCGACUCAACCGACCUGACCUCGCCUGACUUGACUCCUGGCGCGUCGUCCAAAGGCGCCUUGCAACUCUGUACAUACAAACAGGCACGCACGCGCGGCACACGAUGAAGCAUAUCGCCGUCUUUGCCCUCGCCGGCGCGAGCGUCGUCUCCGCCGCCAUUCCUUCAGACUGCCCGGCCUACGAUACGUACGCCGCCGAGCGUCACGCGCCCUACUCGUGCGGCAAGUUCAAGUAUCCCUACCAGCGCCCCGAGGACCGCUGCCGUACCUACGCGGUCCCCGAGGUCGAGGAUACGCUCCAGACGGUCAAGAAGGCCAUCAAGGACCCGGACCUGUACAGACUCUUUCUCAACGCGUGGCCCAACACGGUAGACACGACCAUUCUGUGGAGGGGUGCGGCGGCCGACAACAAGGAUGAGGAGCUCGCCUUCGUCACCACUGGCGACAUUCAUGCCAUGUGGCUUCGUGACAGCGCCAACCAGCUCCAGUCGUACAAGCCAAUCUUGAAAAUCAAGUCGCACAAUGAGACCAACAACAUUGCCACGCUGUACCGCGGCGCCAUCAACCUCCAGGCCCGCUACAUCCGCAAGUUCCCGUACUGCAACUCGUUCGAGCCGCCUCCCGAGUCCGGCAUCCCCGUCACCCACAACAAGCGCAAGCGCGGCCUCUACAAGAGGGGCGACACCGUGAGCCCGCCGUACGACCCCAAUGUCGUCUUCGAGUGCAAGUACGAGCUCGACUCCGUCUCCGCUUUCCUCCAGCUCUCUUGGGACUACUACGACGUCACCAAGGACAAGGACUUCUUUGGCAAGUUUCAUUGGGCCGAGGCGGUCAAGACGAUCCUUCAGCUCGCCAAGGACAUGAUGAUCAGCACCUACACCGGGGACGGACUCGUCCAGAAACCCGUGUACAACUGGCUCCGCGACGCAAACAGCGCGACCGAGGUUGUCUCGAAUGGCGGCACCGGCAAUCCCGUGGCCGGCAACAUCGGCCUCGUGCGCAGCUUCUUCCGGCCGUCAGAUGACUCGACCAUCUACCAGUACUUCAUCCCCGCAAACAUGAUGUUCUCGCGCUACCUCAAGGCCUGCGUGCCAAUCAUGGAGUCCAUCGACAAGGACACCGCCGCCCAGAUGGACAAGCUCUCCGACGGCAUCGCCAAGGCCAUCGACGAGCACGGCAUCGUCAAGCACCCCAAGUACGGCGACAUCUACGCCUUCGAAGUCGACGGCUUCGGAUCCUCCAACUUGAUGGACGAUGCGAAUGUGCCCUCUCUCCUGAGCAUCCCCCAUCUCGGCUUCAAGCCCGCCUCAGACGCCGUGUACAAGCGCACCCGCGAUUUUGUCCUCAGCAAGUCUAACCCUUACUUCGGCUUCGGGCCCGUCCUCAACUCCACUGGCGGCCCGCACCUCGGGCCCGGCAUGGCUUGGCCCAUGGGUGUUGUCAUGCGCACCAUGACGUCCACAGAUGACGAUGAAAUCGUUUACGGCAUCAAGCAGCUCAUGGGGUCCACUAGCGGCCUCGGCCUCAUCCACGAGUCCGUGAACACGCACAACGACACCAAAUGGACUAGGUCUUGGUAAGAAAUGGGGGUUUCUUCUCCUACUGUUGGCAGCACAGAGGGCGCUAACGCAACGCAGGUUCGCCUGGGCCAACGGCUUGUUUGGGCAGAUGAUACUGGACAUCCUCGACAAGAAGCCUCAUCUCUUGCAGAGGAGCUACCAGGACUGAUUGUUAUAGAGUAGUCUUAAAGCUCGCUCGUAUAUACACCAUCUGCUUAGAGACAGAUACAAUUCGCCUCCAAAAUAACAAACUGCUCUUACAGCUACG